CGAGCAGCCCCAGGAGAAGAGUGUGCCCGGGCCAGAGGCUGGCGCUCCUGGGCAGGGCGCAGCUGGCGGGCGACGGUGGGCAAGGACGGGCACGUUAAGGGCUGGCAUGAGCGGAAGGGGACCAGGAGGGCCCAGAGUUGGAGUUGGAGCAUAAUUUGGGAGUUUCAUGUCACUGGGUGGGUUGAUGAGUCAUGAGCUUUGGCGAUCACAGAAGCCUUUCCUGGCGACAGCUAGUUCUGAGUGAGGGGAAUGAAAAGGGCUAGGAUUGGGAGAAGUGGUUUGCAGGCCACGUCUUGGGACACCUGGUGCUCUGAUGGCCUCCUGUCUCCAUGCGAGGGAUUUGGGGAGCGACCUUUCAGACUGCUGUGAUUUGGCUGCCUCAGCCCAGGCUGGGGUUAAGGAAGGUCUUUGUGGCGGCCUGUCCCUGCCUUCCUUCCUCUCCAGGCCCUCAGGAUUCAGCUGUGUUCCUGGGGGGAGUGGGUUAAAAAUUCCUUGGGCCUACAAUCAGCCUUACAGUAUCCACCAGGGGUAGGAGGGACAUCAUGUAUAUGCGUGACUGCAGCAGCAUUCUCUGUCUGGAGCCCUCACGCUUCCUCACUGUUGCCAUAGCAACGCCCUAUUGAUGGUGUAUUUAUAGGGGAAGAAGCAGGCGCUAAAUUUUGGGGAAGGAGGGGGAGGCGGCCUCGCAGCAGCAGCAGCAGCAGCAGCAGCAGCAGUAAUGGUGGCUGCAGAAUUGUUAAUGGAGUGUGCCAUUCCCUCCUACGUGUUUGCCGAUCGGAUUGGAAGGUAUAUUUGAAAUACACACAAGGCCCUGCACCUGUGAAUAGAAAAGCGUGUGCCACGCUGCCAAGGAGGAGCAUAGGUGCUUCACCAGCUGGGCUUCACGGUCAGCGUUAACACUGAGCUUCCUGGCAGCCGAGGUGAAAAGGGUAGCACGACGGGUUGCACGUUCCCGUGUCUUGCGUCCAGGCAAGUGAGACGCUGGAGCUGAGGGAGCAGCCAUGGCAGUGUUCCUGGAGGCCAAGAAUGCCCAUUCGGUCCUGAAACGGUUCCCCCGCGCCAAUGAGUUCCUGGAGGAGCUGCGCCAGGGCACCAUCGAGCGAGAGUGCAUGGAAGAGGUCUGCAGCUACGAGGAGGUCAAGGAGGUGUUCGAGGACAAAGAGAAAACGAUGGAGUUCUGGAAGGGGUAUCCGAACGCCGUCUACUCGGUCCGAGAUCCGGCCCAAAGCUCAGAUGCCAUGUACGUGGUGGUGCCCCUUCUGGGGGUGGCGCUCCUGAUCGUCAUCGCCCUGUUCAUCAUCUGGAGGUGCCAGCUGCAGAAAGCCACCCGUCACCACCCGUCGUACGCGCAGAACCGGUAUCUCGCCAGUCGUGCCGGGCACAGCCUGCCCCGGGUCAUGGUGUACCGGGGCACUGUGCAUAGCCAGGGGGAGUCCUCUGGGCAUCGUGAGGCGGGGGGCAACCCGCAGGUGGUGCUGGGGCCCAGUCGCGGGGGCAGAGCCACGGUCCGCCUCGAGAGCACCCUCUACCUCCCUGAGCUCUCUCUCUCCAGGCUGUCCAGUGCCACCCCUCCCCCGUCCUACGAGGAGGUGACCGCGCCUCAGGAGAGCAGCAGUGAGGAGGCGAGUGUCUCUUACAGCGACCCACCCCCAAAGUAUGAGGAGAUAGUGGCCACCAACCCCGGCUCGGACAAGUAGUAGGACUUCUGUCCUGUCCGGAGUGAAAGCCUCUUUUCAGGGGUCUCCUAUUUUCUUUUUAACUUUUUAAAGACUGUGCCACCACAAAACAGCCUUAGCCUCCUGUUGCCAAAUAAUUUCCUAACCGUGGAUUUGUAGGAAGUCAGCUGUCAGAGACAGGUCGGGGGGGGGGGGGUAGGGAACACACAUGCGUCAAAGCCCCUGGGGGAGCCACAGGCCAGAGAGCCCAGCUCUCCCAGAAGCCCCCAUGCUCCCGCCAUCCUGUCCUCCCAUCAGGAACUGGCUUCUCUUAUGCCAAAGGUAUUAGCCCAUUGAGUGGAUUGUGGCCCGAAUGUGCGUAGGCUCAGGCCCCGGGGCCGUGUGGCGGGCUGGAGACCUGUGUGUGUCUGGCUGGGAGCCUAGGGCACAGAGGUUGAGGGAGAGAAGCUAGGUGAUCAGCAGUCCCUUUUCCUCCCCUGUCUUCUGCUUUCCGUCCUUGCUUAACAUUUUGAGGACGGGGACAAGGACUGAACAACAACCACAAAAAAGAGUAAUAAUGAGUAAAUAAACGACCAACACAAUAAAGCAAAACAAUACAACCUGGGCCAUUCAUAGGGGACCGAGGGACAUCAGAUCUGUGAUACUCCCCUGCCCCGACACCCACCUCCACACACGCUCAUGACCAGAUUAAAAGGAAUAUCUGGAGCCAGCUGGAAGGAGGACGGGUUGUGUGAAGGAUGAGGGGCACGGGGCUGGCUGCCAGAUUGAGUGAGAGGCCUGUGCGAACUUUGCUAUCCUGGAAGCUAGCUCUGGUUCUAGUGUGCUUGGCCUUCUGAAGACCUUGGCUUUCUAGAUGUGUACCGGCUGUGCUAAAGCCACUACCCACUGGCCUGAGCCCAAUCGUAGCUCUGGGAACACUAAUGCUGGUGACCCUGCCUGGGGAGCCCCUGGCCUCUGAGUGCUCAGGGCUACAAGCCUGGGCCAGAGCGCUGGAGUUCUGUCCUACUGAGGCUGAUAGUACCCUGGGAUGACAAAACCCAAGAACUUGGCCUCCUCAGCUUUGAACUUUGAGGAUACUUCCCUUUUCGUGAGCAGGUGCAUUGAGUUGAACUUGAACUUCAGUUGACUGAUUUCUCCUUAAUAAUGGUGCUCACCUGGGGAAAAGAUCCCAAAGUGUCCCUUUCUAGAACUUCCUUGGCAGGGGAGGUGGGGAAGCCCGUGACCUGGGGUUGAAGACGCCUUCGGGGUUUCCUGUGUUAUGGCCAGGUGCUGGUCCAUUUUUAGUGACCCCUCUCUGCGGCCCAGGAGCUGUCCACUUCUGCAUUUCAGGGAGGUUUUGGACAGCAGUGGGGCAGGAGUGACCUGCCCUUGAACUGACCGUGACCACGUAAAAGAUUCUCGACACCGCUUCCCCCCUAGCCCUGCAUGUCCGUCCUCCUGGCCUCGGAGCCAAAUCACUUUUUCUCUGUGGUGCUUAAAAUAAUGUAGCAAAUCUUUGUGGGGUCCAUUAGAGUGCACAGCCAGGGUCUAUUGGCAACCACAGCAGUUCAAAACCCACUGACAAGACAAGCUUCUCUCCGUCCAAACAGCUCUCCAAGGCAGGCAUCGGGCCUCGUCCUUUGACCGCAGCCCUGCCUCGAGGCCGCGGGUGACUUCUGGAGGCCCCUCCCAUCCUGAACACUUGCCCUGGGACACACUUCAAGUUUAGGAGACUUGUAUUCUUAUCCCACUGAGGCCACCGACUUCGACAGCUUGACCCGGUGGCUGGGUUUUUCCAUCCUCCCCCCACCUCCCGGACCCAAGGGAGGCUGACUGAGCUAAUAAUGCCUGUGCAGUUCCUGAAGCAUCAGGGAGCUAGUGCAGUUUGCCCUUAAGAAGAUGCUUCUGGAAAUGUGUAGCUUACAGGAGACCCGUCUCAUGGGGGCCUUCACGUGACUCUGAUGUUGAGUCUCGACUUGGGGAGUCAGUGUCCUGCCGGGUGAUGCUUUCUGUUCUCUCGUCUGUCCUUCCAUGAGAGCUCCCUGAUGCCACAGGUGCCAACCAGGUGCAUCCCACCUUCCCUUCCUUCCUCUUCUCCCUCUGGACCUCUAACAUGACACUCCUGCCCUUCUUCACAAAGGGAUUUUUAGCCUAGAAGGGCCCUGCUCUUUCCACGACGGAGGCUGCGGUCUCUCCUAUUUGGCCUGUGGUGGAGGACCCGGGGGCAGCCCGAGGCCUGUGAGCCACCUGGGAGCGGGGGAGAAGACCCUGACCCCCCCCACCCCCCGCCCCGUGUGUCUCUUCCCCACUGAGAAGAGAGCCGGGCACAGGCCCCGCUGACCAGAGCCAAAGGGAGCAUGCCAAGGAAGGCCUGCUGCAUUUGGCAUCCGCGGAGCCCUGCCCUGCCAAGCCGGGUGGAGCUGGGAGGGAGCGGGAGGCAGGAGCCUGGCCUGCGGGAGGGCAGCACAUGCUGCGUCCUUGGGCGCCAGGCCAGCGAGUGCGGGCCUGCAGGGAGAGCUCGAGAGCAGCUCCUGGGGCCCUGUGUGCUCCCGCUAAGGUGCUCCGCGAGAUUCUAACAGGUGGGCUUGCCACCGUGGUCUCUGGGACGUUUUUUGCAGUCUAUUGUAGAAAACAAAGUCUAUAGUACACAAGGGUCAUAACUCCUCACGGUGCACACUCGGCUUUUACGAAUGCUCUGUAUAUACCUUUUCAAACUGUGUCUUUGUAUGGACGUUGGUUUGAUACAAUGCUAAAUCUGUAGUAGCUACAUUUUUGUUGUAUUGGGACCUGUGUGCGUGUGUGUGUGCGCGCGCGCGUGCGUGCGCCUGUGCAUGCGUGCCUGUACACGUGUGCACGUUGCCUUUUUCUCAUAUGCUUAUCUGAAACAAUAGCCGGUGUGUGGCUAUAUUUGUACCAGGAGGGUUCCGGUCUGAAGGGAGGAAUGUCACCUCCUGGGGCUGGACAGCCUUUUGACGGGACCCUGAGGGAGGAAAGCUGAGAUUGGCUGUCCAAGCCCCGCAGAGUCACCACCUUCUGCCCCCACUUCACGAAAAGUUUUAGGAGAAGACUAAGCAGCUCCACCCUGUGGGCCUCUGCCCUGUGGGACCCCCCCACGCCCUUCUGGCACCGUGUCCCCCACCUCUGCCCCUGUUCUGCGGGUCUCAACAGCUGAAGGAGAUCUGAGCACUCCUGGGCCUUUUUCUUUUUCCAUUUUCUUUUGUGGUGGAACAAAUGUGUGACUCUUGCCUUUGGAAAUGGUGGGGCUAGUUGUUCAGAUAUUUUUCAUGAAGACAAAAAAAAAAAAAGAGAAAAGGCUUUAAAACACUUUUUAAGACUUUUUAAAACGAGAAUCGCAAACCUGUCCCUCCACGCUGCUCCCCAUCGCCUGGGGUUCUUCAAAAUGAAAGCACAAGAGAAAGAGUGAAGCGCACAGGUGCCCAGCAACACCAAGCAGGCUGACCUGGAGGCCAGGAGCCUCCUCUUCCGCUUGUGAAUCCCACUGCCAUUAGUGCGAAUUCCUUAGGGUGCUUGGGAAAACAGGAAUCUGCCCGGUGGGUUGGAUGUUGCCUUUCUGGUGGCCUGAAUAUGAGGAAUUCAGGACAGGAAAGUGUCUUUUUUUGUUAAGGAGUUUGAACCAGAUGGUUCCUCUCUGGCUGCGGGUUGAUCUUUUGACAACCGAAUGGCAUCCCUUGAGAAGAAGGAAAAAACAACACUGCCUCUAGAUUGUUCUUUUGUCUGGGGAAAGGGGUGGGGAGGGGGGCUCUUUUUCACCUACGCCCUGUGUUUCUAGGAGUGUGCCUGUGUGCUGUGUCUUGCACGUGCCCUCACGUUCAAGGCUGAGAUGGAGAGCUGGGCAGCAAAGCUUUCCAGCUUGACAAGUAAUGAAGCUCCAUUUCAGGAUUGUGCCGAUUCAGAAACAAGCACAUCCUCCCCACCGAACUCUGCUCCUACUAAUCAGUAUAAUUAGCUAAUUUCAAAGUACUGUAAUCAGACUGCCUGCAACCAUGGUAAAAGCCUAUUAAUUUGAAGCCCACUAAUUCAGAACUUAUAGACAAAUCACAACUUAUCUUAUUAAAUUAUCUUAAUUCACGGUAUCUGCGAUUCUUGCUCCGUAGAAAGGUUUGACAUAGUCUUCGCGAUGUUAGUCGAUGUUCAGGGUCCUAUGUGUAAGAGGGAUCUAGUUAAAAUGAGCACUUUUUUUUUCAAAGAAAAGGCUCAAGAUAUCAGGGAUCCCUUCACCGUGCCUUCAGCUUUGGGGUUCAGCAAUUCUCGUGUGUGAGGCUCUUUGUGCGUAGGAUGGUCUCUUGGUCUCUCUCCAUUGCGGGAAGGGUGGGUGCUGUAGCUUUUCAUUCUCGUAGCCUGCAAUUUAAAGUAACGUAGCUGUGUAUCUUGCUAAAUAUUCUGUGAAGCCGAUGUUUUGCUAUCAGACUGGCCACUCCCAUCAUUCGCCCCCAAAUAUUGAACGUAGGGAGCUUUUCCUUUCACAGGCUGUGGGCGGCGAGUCUCUCUCUAGCAAGAAUUUCUCUGACAAGGAUAUCCAAACAGCACACCCCCUCGGGCUCAUUGCCUCAACAGUUGUUCUACUGUACUGAGACAUCUGACCGUUGCACAGUGCCUGCCCCUCCCCCGCCCCCAGCCUGAGCAUUAACACAGAUAUUCAAGAUUGAAACAAAUCCCACAGCUGCUUUUGCCUCCCUAUCUGUCUCCCCUUCCGGAUGCCACUUUCCCAGGCCUGAACACACCUGCUAUUUCACUCUGUGAUUGUGAAUUUGUGACAGUGGAAACCCUGAUAUGUGCAACUGAGCUUCUAGACAUGAUUACUGUGAAAUGGAUUCAUUUUGGUACCACUUUAAACUGUGCUUGUAUUCAUGUGUUGACCCAUGUCAGCUGGGAAAUCUGUACAUUCAGUAGUAUGUCAGGAUUUCACUGGAGCCUGGGAGCAACCAACCCUCUUGCUUCUGAUUCUUUCUCUCUCUCUCUUUUUAUAAUUGUUGAGUUUAGCUGUUCGACUUUGUCUCUUUCUGUACAAGAAGAUAAUUAAUAAUAAUAAAGAGCACAUGGCAUUCA